GUGUUUCCCGACGCAGCGACGAGCCAUGACCGCCCUCUCACUUCAAUUAUUUCCUUGGUUUGAUCGCAUCAUGUUGGCCUAUACUGUCGAAUCAGCGCUGUCACCAGCACGGGACGGGGCGAUCCUGCUGUGCCGUCAUCGUGCGACGCACCAACUCCACGUCGUCAAGCAAGUCAACCGGUCGCGCGCUACACUCGACUCGAUUGCCAACGAAGCCAUGGCGUUCAAGCAUCUGCGCGCGUCCAAUUGCCAGCAGGUUAUCCAGCUCCACGAUAUCUUUUCAGACAACAAGAACAUCUACUUUGCCCUGGAACACUGCGCGCGGGGGGACCUCUACGCGUUCUUGAAGGCCAUGCCGACCCAGCACUGCUCGCCGCGACGGGCCAAAGCGUACUUCACUCAAAUCGCGACCGGUCUCGCCCACGUGCACGCUGCGGGAGUGGCCCAUCGCGAUUUAUCGCUUGAAAACAUUUUUGUCAACGCUGACGGGGACCUCAAGAUCGGAGACUUUGGUCUCGCUGUCGCGCUCCCCGCGCAGGCGACCGCCGCCGUCGGCAAGCCCUACUACAUGGCCCCCGAGAUGCACCACGGCGGCGCGUACGACGCUUCCAAAGUAGACGUGUGGUCACUCGGUAUUCUGCUGUGGAUGCUGCUCACGGGCGUACCACUCGUCGAAGUGGCAACCCCCGCCGACGAUGUCUUCAUGUUUCUCAAGCGGCACGGCAUUCGAGCCCUUAUCUCAGCGUGGGGUCUCGCUGCGUCCAUACCAGACGACGCGAUCGCGAUGCUCGAGCUACUUCUCGUCUUGGACGCCGCCGAGCGACCGGCGAUGACGACAGUGAUUAACCAUCCGUACGUUCAGUCGGGUGGCCCCCACUUCGGUUAACACUUCCGCAACUCCAA